AUGGGGAGUAAUGGCACAGGAUCGAGGUCUGCAAAUCGCAUCAGGCGCGAUGCUCCACCUCAACUUCUAGGUCGCGGGCAGAGGAAUAGCAGUGUUGGGCUCCGCUCUGCGAGUAUAGUUGGAGAAGUUGCUAUGGCUCAACCUGCAGAGCCACAACCAUAUGUAUUGACCGCCGAGUAUAUCCUCAAGAAGUAUCGAGGGCAUCCGCCCUCUCUAAUUAUCCAUCUUCACCCAACACACUUUCGAUUUGAUCAGCAAGAGGGCAGCUUUACCUAUAAAUCGCCCAUGAGGAUGGUACUUGAGCAUAUACGGCAACGGACUGUACCCCACGAUUUAUUGGAGUUCAUGCAAGAUGUUCAAUUUUAUGACGGAUGCAUGAUUGUACAGAUUCACGACCACAAAUCCAUUGCUCCAUCUCAAGGUCCUAAUCGAACAGCUACAGGGCCAGGCAAGACUGUCCCAUUUUCGGUCCAUAACUACAACACAUUUCUCACACCAUCCUCAUAUGUUCCCUACCCGGUUCAAAAUAUCGGGACUGGCAAGGGCAAAGAUGCUGAGGUUGAAGACAAAAUUAAAACUGCCGAGCAGAAAGACAAGGAAAAUAUGCCAGCUCCAAACCUGCCCGGAGAUAUCCAACGCAACAAGUCGAUAUCUCCGCCUAGAAAGCCCAAAGUCAUAACAGUCGUGCUUCAUCCAACACCGCUCAGCAAUCACAUUGACCUGGCAAUCAAAGCCGGCGAGGCCUAUGCUUCUCCUGAAGACCGAAGAGGGUCACGUCAAGAGGUUAACGGAGGGCCUCUGUCCGCUACCGUUCCCCCAACUCCAACGACAGGUGCUCCUCCAACCCCGCAGUUGAACAUGGCACCACCGGCGAAGCGCGUCAAAAGGACGAAAGCGGAAUUAGACAUCAGUAAUGUCUAUGGCUUUGAAUCCCAAGUUACACUAGCCAGGACCGCUGAGCUUAAGCUUGAGCCUGUAGCCAAUGCAGCAGAGUCUGCAGCAUUGCUCUCAUCUUUGGCUCAUCCAAUGCAUUCUGAACAACCACCCGCACCCAAGACCCGAAAGAGGACUGUAGCGGAAAUGGCUGCAGACGAAGCUCUGGCAGCAGACCAAGAGCGUUUCAUGCUUGUCCUUGACGAACGUUUAGCAUCGAAUACUGCAGGUGCACCAGGUGGUGCCAAUCCCGCCAAUGGCGAUGGACCAGCUGGAGUUUCUUUCGAACCGCGUUUCGAGAGAUUUAAGACGCUCGAGAAUAUCCGGGCUAAUCACGAAGAGAAUAAAAGACAAGAGAAGUUACGACGAGAAGAGGCAGAGAGAAAGCAGAGAGUGGAGCAAGAGCGUAAUAAGCUCGAAGAAAACAAUAAGCGAGCUGCGGAGGAGAAGAAUCGUGCCACUGCCGCUGCCAUGCAACAGGCUCAACAGCAGCAACAACUGCAACAAGAAGCCCAGCGACGUCGGUUGGCUCAACAAGCGCAACAGACACAUCAGAGCAUGCCUACCCAGAUCCAAGCACCCCACGCACAUCCACAAGCAAAUGGUAUUGUUGCAAAUGGCAUGAACGCACAACCACAGCGCUUUCAUCAACAACAAGUUUCCCAAGCUCAAACAUCGUCGCCUAUUGUUCGCAACGGAACUCCGCACAGCCACUCUUCGCCUAACGUUAACAAUAUGAGUAAUGCGCCAAUGCAGCAUUCUACUUCGAGUAUGGGAGGCAGUCCACCUCGUCCCGGUUCCGUUGUACAACAAAAUCAUCAUCCGAUGGGUGCUCCUGCAUCACAAGGCAUGGCACCUCAGAGGAGUCAGCAAAGUCACGCUGGAACACCUCGUAUGCCGAGCUCCACACCAAACGUUCAAGUAUCCACACCGUUGAAUCGACAAAUGAGCCAGACACCUCGCAUGAGCCAAGGAAGCCCGCUACAAGGUCCAAUGGGUCAAACGCCACAGGUUCCGAUGAUGAAUGGUCAACCUAUGCAGAUGAGUGCUCAGCAGAUGCAAGUUCUACAACAGCAGAGAAUGCAGCAAAUGCUCCGAAAUCAAGCUGCGGCUGCUCAAGGAAUGGGAGGGAUGCUGAACACGGGUCACCCAAUGACCCAGCAACAAAUGAUGCAAGCUCAGGCGCAGGCAAUGCGUGCUCAGCAACUUAACCAGCAACUUGGUCAAGGUAAUCCAAUGGCACAACAAUAUGCAGCACGCCUGGCACAGAUGAACCAGGCAACGGGUAUGCCGCAAAACAUGAACCAGAAUUUCAUGAACGUCAAUUCGAAUCCUCAGGCGAACAUGCAACAAAUGCAACGUCUGCAGCAGAUGCAAAUGAUACAGCAACAAGCUGCCCAACAAGCACAGCAGCAGCAAUUGCAUCAACAGCAGCAGCAAGCGCAACAACAGCAGCAGCAGCAGCAUCCAGAUCAACAGACUAUGAUGCGAGAACAGAUGAUGCAGCGACAAAUUGCUCAAAUGGCAAAUCAGCUUUAUGUUAGCCAGCGUCAAGGCAUGGCAGCACAAUAUCCCGGAGGCUUACCUCCAGACGUAGACCAAAGUCUGAAGCAACGAUGCUCUGCGGCUGCUCGACAACAGUUUGAAGCAAGCUAUAGAGCGAGACAGCAAAUGGCAGUAGCCCAGAGAAUGAAUGGAAUGCAAAAUGGGGGUGGCAUGUAG